AUGCGCGCUACUAGAGUGAAGAGAAACGCAAAACGCACGCUAACGAACCGUUAUUCAUUCGCCGUGAAUGACCUCUUCUCUCUCGCUCUCGCAGGCGACCCAGCAGAGAGCAGCGACGACGUCGACGCGUGCGGAGGGUUCGCGUUCGCGCUCCCCGAGCUGCGCGAGCUCAUCGAGGGCGGCAUCGGUCCGCUCGACGAAGACGCGCUGCGUCACCUGGAAGCCUCGAACGACGGCAUCGACGCGAGCUGGCCGUCGCCGUUCCUCGACGCGCUCGAAGACGUCGACGCGUUCGAGGCGAGCGUCACGGCGUGCGGCGGCGACGACGACGACGACGGGACGUCGUGGAUCCCGCGAUGGAUGAUCGAUCGCGCGCGCUUCGACGACGGCAGGUGUGCACACUGGUCCCCAUACGACCGCGUUGGCGAUGUGAACGCCGAUUCUUAA